UUAGUUAAAUUGAUUAUAUGUGCUUUGAAAUUAUUUUGAGAAAUUGCUAUUUACAAGUUGGUGAUGUUAGUUUGUCCAAUCAAGAAUGAAUAUUCUCUGAGCCGGGUGCUUUGUAAAAUGACAACAAAUCUAACCAAUAUAUAGCCUUUGUUUCUUAAAAGUUGUACCUGAAGGAAAAAUGUUACGUAGGAGAUUGUUAUUUGCGAUAACGUCCUGCUUUUCUGAAAGAAAUAUUAUAAAUGUAUAUUGUUUGAUAUCAAGUUAUAACAAUUUACAUGGGCAUCUCAAGGAAACUAAAUGCAUCAACACAAUGCAAAUGGAAGAGGAGACUAAAAAAGUAAAAUUAAAUGACGAAGAAAAGACGAAACAACAUACAAAGAGAAAAAAGAUAACUGUACCAAAUAAGCAGCAUGUCAGUGAUCCUACACAAAGUAUUAAUUCAGAUAUGAGCAAUGUUUGCCCAAAAGAAUACAUGAAAAGUUUGGGAAUAAACACAGAUGUGUUACAAUUGAUCGAUGAAGAGGCUGCUGCAAAGUAUGUUUCUUUGAUCAUAAAAGAUCUCCUAAAAAAUACGUGUUUUGUUGCCGAGAUAAAUCCUGGAUUUGGCAUAGUAACGAAAAGGCUAUUAGAAGCGGGUGUACCACUGAUCCAUCUAUACGAAGCAAGAAAAGAUUUCCAUCCAAUAUUGGAAAAGAUCCAAAGCAUCUAUCCUGAUCGAAUGAAUGUAAGAAAUUUUAAUCUCGUCAAUAUCGGCCAGUUAUUGUACAGGGACAGACACACAGGCGGAAAUCAGGUGCAGGAAAACGUUUUGCAAAACGUGGAAAAUAAAAAAUGGGAAGAUGAAUCCUGUAUGCAGAUAGUGGGCGCGACAAACAGCUCAGCUUUCUUCAGACAUCUCAUAAAUAGUUUAAUUUUUCAAACUUCUUUGAUGUCCAAUGGAAGGCCUGUUUUCUACAUCAUGAUACCGCCAUCGUUUUGGCAUAAAUAUACUUGUGAUAUUAGUAAUGGUAAAAUAUAUACUUCUUUAAAAGUGAUGUUCCAAACCAUGUUUCAUUACGAACAUCUGGGAACAGUGGAUAGAAAAGCUUUUCUACCUUCAGCGAGACAAAAGAAAACAUCUUCCAAACAUAAGUAUAAUUCCACAUUCGAUGAAAAACUGAGGGAAGAUUAUAAACACAUGUACGUGAUAAAACUUGAACCGAGGUCUGAUCUUUACUCGCUAUUGACAAAGAAAGAUUGGAUAGUAUUUUGGUAUUUUGUCAGACAUCAUAUGCGGAAACGUUCUAACAGAUUAAUACCUGACUUAGAAAAAUGGGCGCCAGGUUGCGGAAUCAAAUUAAUAGCCAAAAAUUAUACGAUAUUCACACAAUUUGGGGACUUGACUCCGACACAAAUCUUGGAAGUCUUCAAAGAAUUUAAAUCCUGGCCGGAGUAUAGAGAGAGUUAUUUCUUAGGUUCUAUGGGCGAUUCUUUGAGUACAUUUAAUGAACCAGCACUUUUAGAUUUUAAAUUUUUACAGAUGGACGAAUAAUCCUGUAAUGUAUAUCUUGUACAUUGUAUAUAUAGAUAUGACAUAUAUAUAUAUAUAUAUAAUAAAAUAAAAUUUUACUUUCC